AAACCACGGGCCUCCCUCCCACCGUCGCACGCCGCCUCCAUUUUCUCCUCCCUCCCAGAUCCGUCCACCUCGCCCCCCCCCCUCCCUCGCACGGCGGCGGCGCCCCCGGACUCCGGCUGAGCCUCUCACGCGCGCGCUGCGGCACGUCCCGGACCGGCGCCAUGAAUCCAUACGACCUCCGCUAUGCUGACCCUUCCUCCUACCGUGACAGGCGCAGCGACCUAGCUGGGACUGCUGUGCUCGCCCCGUCGGCCCCCGUGGCCGCCAACCCCUACGCCGCCGCGUACACGCCCGCGCCGGCUCCCGCGGCCCCCGCUGGCGGCGACUUCUCGCGAUUCGGCGGGAGGGGCCGUGGCGGUGGAGGCGCGGGCGGCGGUGGCUGGAGUAGAGGUGGUGGUGGUGGCACUGGAGGUUACCGAGGUGGCGGUGGGAGAGGAGGCGGUGGUGGAAGGGACGGGCUGGACACGCUCUCUCUGCCGAAACCGGAUUUCCGGAGCCUGAUACCCUUCGAGAAGAACUUCUACGUCGAGUGUCCCGCCGUGCAGGCCAUGUCGGAUACGGAUGUAGCCCAGUAUCGGCGCCACCGUGAUAUUACUGUUGAGGGCCAUGAUGUGCCUAAGCCGGUUCGGUACUUCCAGGAGGCCAACUUUCCAGAUUACUGCAUGCAAGCAAUAGCCAAGAGUGGAUUUGUGGAGCCAACACCUAUUCAGUCUCAGGGCUGGCCGAUGGCUUUGAAGGGCAGGGACAUGAUUGGUAUCGCACAAACUGGCUCUGGGAAAACACUAUCUUACUUACUCCCUGGACUGGUUCAUGUUGGCGCACAGCCUAGACUAGAACAAGGUGAUGGCCCAGUUGUUCUGAUCCUCGCUCCAACAAGAGAACUGGCUGUACAAAUACAGGAAGAAUCUGCCAAAUUUGGGUCAUACUCAAGAACUAGAAGCACUUGUAUCUAUGGUGGAGCACCUAAGGGACCACAAAUACGAGAUCUAAGGAGAGGGGUUGAGAUCGUCAUUGCAACACCUGGUCGGUUGAUCGAUAUGCUGGAAGCUGGUCACACUAACCUACGUAGAGUAACAUACCUCGUCCUGGAUGAGGCAGACCGCAUGCUAGACAUGGGCUUUGAGCCCCAGAUUCGGAAAAUAGUGGCACAGAUCCGGCCAGAUAGGCAAACCUUGUACUGGAGUGCCACUUGGCCAAGAGAAGUAGAAGCAUUGGCUAGACAGUUUCUGCAAAAUCCUUACAAGGUAAUCAUAGGAUCGCCUGAUCUUAAAGCUAAUCAUUCCAUACAGCAAAUUAUUGAGGUCAUUUCAGAACAUGAAAAGUAUCCCAGACUCAGUAAGCUUUUGUCUGAUCUAAUGGACGGGAGCAGAAUCUUGAUAUUUUUCCAAACAAAAAAGGACUGUGACAAGGUCACUCGUCAACUUAGAAUGGAUGGAUGGCCAGCAUUAUCUAUUCAUGGUGAUAAAGCUCAAGCUGAAAGGGACUAUGUUCUGGCAGAGUUUAAGAGUGGGAAGAGUCCCAUAAUGGCUGCCACUGAUGUAGCAGCACGUGGUCUUGAUGUCAAGGAUAUUAAGUGUGUGAUAAAUUUUGAUUUUCCAACAACUCUUGAAGAUUACAUUCACAGAAUAGGUCGAACUGGCCGUGCUGGUGCUAGUGGAACUGCAUUCACUUUUUUCACACACUCUAAUGCAAAAUUCUCUAGGAAUCUUGUCAAGAUUCUGAGGGAAGCAGGUCAGGUUGUGAAUCCAGCACUAGAAUCUAUGGCCAAGUCUGCCAGUUCUAUGGGAGGAGGCAAUUUCCGGUCGAGGGGGCGCGGUGGGUUUGGUAACAGGUCUGGCUCAAACAGCAUCCCGAUAAGAGGAAGACGGCCAUACUGAGGGUUGCAAAAGAUUGAUGAAUCAUUUGCUGUAUACCGUUAGGUCUUAAAUGCAUUCUUUGGGAACUUCCCUUUGAGAUUCCCUUGACUGCUUGAUUGACAUAAGUCAAUUUUCAUUAAUUUGAGGAGAGAUGGAACAUGCCACACGAAUGGCCGAUACUUAUCCAACAUCUUAGGAUAUGUGUCCAAAGUUAAGUUGUAGACCCCUGUGUUAUUUGACUGUUGAUUCUACAUACAGUGCGUGGUACUGUUUAUUGUUUGCAUCUGUUGGGCCACAUGAAAGAAAUCGUUUGUUAAACUU